AUGGGAGAUAGCAACGAUUGUACCAAAUUUUACCGAUGCGUAAAUAACGGUGCUGGAGGUUUCAUCAAAUACGAAUUUUCUUGUGCGCCAGGUACGGUGUGGGAUCAAGAUGUGUCGACUUGUAACUAUCCAGGGUCCGUAGCUGGUAAAUGUGGAUUGGGUACGUCAACUCAAGCUGGUCAACCUACUCAGCAAGCACCACAAAACCAGCAGGGACAACAAGGACAGCAGAACCAACAGGGACAAGGACAGGUGAACCAGCAGGGUCAGCAAGGUCAAGGGAAUCAGCAGCAGAACCAACAAGGGCAAAAUAAUCAGCAGCAACAAAAUCAACAAAACCAGCAGGGACAACAAGGACAGCAGAACCAACAGGGACAACAAGGACAGGUGAACCAGCAGGGUCAGCAAGGUCAAGGGAAUCAGCAGCAGAACCAACAAGGGCAAAAUAAUCAGCAGCAACAAAAUCAACAAAACCAGCAGGGUCAACAGAAUCAAAGUGGUCAACAGGGGCAACAGUCAGGUAAUCAAACUCAAUGCCAAAAUAAUAACCAACAAGUGGGACAAAUUUCUAACAACGUAUGUACCGCUGAGGGAUUUGCGGGUGACCAGAAUGAUUGCAAGAAAUUUUAUCGAUGUGUAAAUAAUGGCCAAAAUGGCUUUACAAAAUACGAAUUCACAUGCGGCGAAGGAACUGUCUGGGACUCCUCAAUUCUAUCUUGUAAUCACCCAUAUGCUACACCGGGGAAAUGCGGUACACAAGAAUUAUCUCCUCAAGGGUCGCAGCAAGGGCAAGGUGUUCCACAAGGUUCGGGACCAAUCGGACCACAAGGCCCAGGACAAGCACCAUCAGGAUCGCAAGGACCUCAGAAUUCAGGCACUACCUCAUCGGUAAGUACAAGCAAAAUUCUCAGAAGUAAAACCAAAAAAUUAACUGAAAUAUUUAUACUAAUAUUACCAGAAAUAAUGUACAGCCAACAAUUUGUUGAAAUUUAG